AUGCGCAAUAAAUUCACCACUAUCACCUCAGAUGGUAUCAACUGGUACUGCGAACAAGAAGGAUCCGGCCCUGAUAUUGUCCUCAUACCUGAUGGGUUUGGCGAAUGUCAAAUGUACGACAAACCGAUGUCCCUCAUAGCAGCCAAAGGAUUCCGAGUCACCACUUUUGACAUGCCUGGGAUGUCGAGAUCCGAAAAUGCCCCGCCAGAGACCUACCAAGACGUAACCGCCCAGAAGUUAGCACGAUAUGUCAUAACUCUGAUGGACAAAUUGGAGAUUGACAAACCUACUUUCUGGGGCUGCAGCUCCGGUGCAUCAACAGUGUUGGCCCUUGUGGUAGACUAUCCUGACCGUGUUCGCAACGGGCUAUUACACGAGGCACCUACGUACAAGAUGGACAACCUCUUGAAACUAGGCGAUGCGGACGAAGAAUUCAUCUUAAGUAACCUGGUAGCUCCAGUUCGCGAGAAUAUUUCUGGGGACCCAGAGGCAUGGGACGCCCUUGGGGAGGAGGUCCAUGCGAGGAUUCAAAAGAACUGCAUUCGCUGGGCACGCGGAUAUCCAGCCACUAUACCAGUUUCGACACCAAUUGGGAAUCUGGAAGCGUUGAGACAGCGACCGUUGGAUUGGACAGUUGGCGCUUCGACAUUUACGGGAGCUUUCCUGGAUAACAUCGUGACGGCGACUAAGAUUGGACCCUCGUGCAAUUUCGGCACACUUCCUGGUUUGCAUUUCCCGUAUGUUUCUCAUCCACAGGUGUUUGCAGAUUAUGUGGUAGAUGUCACUCGGAAAUUCCUAUGA